AUGGUAAUCAAGAGCACUAUAUUUCUGCUGCUUCCUUUAUUGCAGGGAGUUAGCGCAGACUGGAAAACCACUAUCAAGACCAAUCUCGUUGUACCUAACACUGCGACUCCGGUCAUCGACUAUAUCACAAAGCCACGAUCCGAUUCAAUGGCAGUGACAUCUCCGUCAGCGUCCUCAACCUUUGACCAUGCACGCAGUCAUAGAGACAAGUUUACCUCUGUUGUCACUGUCCCAGAUGGCAAAGUUCCCAUUAUUCGUUUCAGUCCUGUCACCUCUACGACCAUCAAUAGUCCAAGUGCCCAUGUCCGUUCAUCGAGCACGGUAUCAGUUGAGAGUUCAUUGCGGACUACGAAGUCUGAUUUUACUCCUUCUGUGACUUCCAGCUCUUCAAUUCAUUCAGCUACAAAGGAACCUAGCUCGACAACCGACAAUUGUGAGAAGGAUUGUUUGACUACACAAUCUAAAAGCGAGUUCGUUGUGUCGCUGAGUUCAUCUAAGGACUCCUCAGAGUUCACACAGAACGACCCCUCUCAUACAAGCUCCGGUCUGUCUGGACAGAGCACCACAUCCGGUCAAUCAACUUUCAAGCCAAGUACUCCAAGUUCCACUGAGAGAAGUACUUCACCUGGUCAUACAACCUCCAAACCAUUGAUCCCGGCCUCGACACGGUCAAUCCUCUCCAGUUUCUCACAGAUCGACCCUGCCACCUCGACCUCAGAUACACAAUCAAGUAGCGUGAACUCAGGAACAUCGACAGAUCUUUUAGAUUGCACGUCCAGUAGCACUGGAUCAUCUUCAUCUACUUUCUCUGUUCAACAACGAACCACCUCUGAAAGUGCCUCUUCUCCGACUGGCCACAUGGAGUCAGGCUCGAGAAGUCCAUCUAGUAGCUCUACCUUCUUGAAAUUAACGGCUCUUCCAGCUAGCGACUCAGGCAGUACUGGAUCCACUUCUUCGACUUUGUCGGAUCAACAAUCGACCACAUCUAGUCAGUCAGCUUCUAAAACAACAGCUGAUACCAGCUCGACAUCGAGUGGGACUACAUCAAACUCGCUUGGUUCAACGGCUCUAGCAUCCGCCCCUGAUCUUGAGUCUCUCACUGCAACCAGUGAUUCUGCAAUUGAGAUGUUCGCACCUACAGCAUCACCUUCAUCUGAGGCGUGGGGUACAUUGACUUCCCUGCCGUCUGGUACGAUAACUGGAGCUCCAGCCAAGACCGAUGUCAUCAAUAUUGCAUUGCUCUUGAGAAACACAUACAAUAAAAUCGGCGAUCUCAAAAAAGCCCCAAAGGAGUACAAAAAGCGCAUUCAAGAUAUUCAGGACCAAUCUGAAAACUAUCUGUCGAAGGCAGGGUUUGAUUCAGGCAGUUCCCCUUGCUCUAGUUCUAAAAAGAGAUCCCUGGAAAAGAGAGGUCUCUUUAGUGCAGUUAAGAGUGUUGCCUCAGACGCGGUCCAUGCCACCGUGGACACUGCAAAAAGCGUUGCUGAAGCUGCUAUUAGCUGCAUUGCACCCAUAGCAGAUGACAUUACAAGCGAGAUUCCUGAUGAUCCAGCGGACUUGACAGAUGAAGUUGAGAACAGAGUUAAGAAGGGAACAGAGUAUCUUGAUGAAAUCAGCAAUAUUGUGGAUAGGAUGGAGGAGAAGGUCGACGAUAAUACCAACCAAAGUGCAUCUGAGUCCGAAUCUUCUCAAUCAUCCACAAGCUCUGAGUCUUCUACAUCUUCUGAAUCAACUACAUCCUCCGAGUCAUCGACCUCUUCUGGGUCUUCAACUUCUUCUGGGUCUUCAACUUCUUCUCAGUCUUCAACAGCCUCAUGCACCUCAAGCACUACUGUUUCGGAAUGCACAUUCUCUACAAUUAUCUAUUCGAUAUCUGGUACAGGCACUACUGACUUGAGUACGACCAGCACAGAGAUAUGCUCAAAAAUAACAGCCUGCAAUGCCUCUCCAACAACACUGAGCACUACAGUCACUGAAGAUUCAUGUCCUUUGAGAACAACAUAUUCCGUUCCUGCAGCAGUCCCAAUCACGCCAUCUGGAUACACUGGAACCGCGACACCUGGCUCUACUGGUACUUCGGCCUUGACAGGCUCAGUCCCUUCGACCGCUGCACCAAGCUCCACGUCGAGUACGACAGCAACUACAGAGUCAACAGAAUCAGGAUCUGGUAGUUCCUCGGGCAUCGGAGGUACAUUCAGUACCUCUGCGAGCUCAACCCACAAGUCUGGCGUUUCUAGAAGUUCCACCCUUACAAGUUCUUCUCCCCAAAGCACAAGCAACGCCGGUGCUUUCACGACUACUGCAUCAGAUGGUUCUGUCUAUUACUGUGGGGACUCAAAGUAUGAGAGCUCUGCUUCCGAUAGCAUCAGAACAUGUGUGACCUCAAUGUCCUCCGUGACCAUGAUACCCUCAGUUUAUGUGUCUUGGUCCGCUUCUUUGGCCUCAUCUGAAUACGCCAAGUCUGCAUCUGAAGCCAGCGCUUCAGCCUCCAACUCGAGUCCGUCAAGCACAUCCGCGAAACCCACGUCCCAAGCGAGCUCGAAGAGCUCGGAAACUAGCAGUUCAGAAGCCAGUACAUCAACAUCGGAUACCAGUACAGCGAGCUCGGAAGCUAGUACCUCAGAAACAAGCACCUCAACUUCGGAAGCGAGUGCUACAACCUCAGAAGUCAGUACGACAAGCUCUGAAACUAGUACAUCAACAUCGGAAACCAGCACGUCGGAAAGUAGCACUUCGACUACGGAAGCCACCACAACGACCUCGGAAGCUACGACCACGACCGCAACAACAGCCUCAUCUACACCAACAGAUCAGCUUUACAUUCUCUACGAGGAUCCCGAAAGUUCCUUGUACGAGUAUUGGAAAAUUAUGGAAAUUGAUCUUGACGAUACCGAUCCCGACUGGUGUGAUCUGAGCCCGUUGGGUGCUGCUGAGGCUUCUGGUGAUAUCGUUGAAGGGGAUGUCCCUAAUCCGCCUACAAUUGAUUUUAGCUCAGACGCGGACGUCACAGACGACACCUUCAAGGAUUGCGAGUAUGAAAGCGACAGUGCAACUCUCAUAUGCUCAGACUUCACUGUCGUCUGCGAAACUGAUAUAGAAACUAGCAUGGGCACACAAUAUUGCUCGGAUACAUUCUAUGCGCCGAAGGUUCGGUGUAGGUGGGGCGCAAGUGAUAGCACUUGA